AUGGACUCCAUCAGAGGCUCACAAAAUUCUUUAAUUACAUUAGUCAUCCUUUUAAUUUUUAUCAGUAAAACAGUCAUACAACACAUAUCAGAGUCAGUGUUUGUGGGACUGUGUCUUAAAGUGGGGACUUCACAACUGGUGGCCAUGAGAAGAGAUUUGGUGGAUAUUUUUGAUAAGACGAGAAAUCAAGUCAAUACAUUAGAUGUGUACAGUAUAAUGUUGAGUGGAAGUCAGAAAGAAGGAUUCAAACUGAAAGGUUCAGAUGUAGACAUGAUGCUCUGGCUGAACGAUCAUCGUGUGAUCUGGGAAUUAUUUCAGUCUCAAUAUUACAACACACAUAGACAAACACUGAUACUCUGUGACUGUUCUGAAAGCCCACCAGGAUUUACUCUGUUAUAUUUACUGUCACCAAGCAUGUAUAGUGAUUUCCAUAAAGCUUGUGUUAGAAUGAAUAACAGACAUUAUAUAUCUAGUUCUAAAUACAGACAGAUCAUGUUUUCUCUAUCAUCACUAAACCCAAGUCAACAUGGGCCCUGUGCCAGUGGAACAAUUGGAACAAAACAAUACGAUUCUGCCCACUGUUUUGUUAGUGACUUUUGGCCUUCAUCUGCCUCCUCAUGGAUAGACAGAUGUCACUCGUGGCCCCAGCCUCAUGUUGUUGAUGAAAUAGUAAAAAAUGGAUGUCACUUUGUACCAAUCGGACAUAAGCUGGGAAGACAUGAAGACCACGAAUGGAGAAUUUCUUUCUCUCUGGCAGAACAGAUACUAGUGUAUGCAAUGAACCACUGUCAAUUCUUAACUUAUGGCUUACUCAAAUUGAUCUUAACAGAAAUAAUUAACAAUGGAGUAGGUGAUGAUGAUAAAUUACUGUGUUCCUAUCACCUGAAGACAGCAGUUUUCUGGGUGAUUCAACAAAAUACAAUACCUCAUUGGUAUCCACAAAAUGUUCUGGAAUGUUUCUGGGUCUGUUUUAAACUGCUGUUGAAAUGGGUGUAUAAGGGGGUCUGUCCUAACUUUUUCAUUCCAGAAAACAACAUGUUUCUGAGUAAAAUUCAUGGUGACAAACAACACCAAUUAUUUAUUAGACUGUAUGGGUUGUAUGAGAAAGGUUUGGGAUUCCUGCUACACAGUCCCUCCGUUAGAUAUUGUAUUAUAAAUGUCCUCCAUAACCCCAAACUCUCCAUCUGUACAGAUGAACAUACUCUGAUUUCUGAGGCUGAGUUUGAUAUAAUCCUUUCUCAUGAAAUACACAGCUAUGACGCAUCACAGAAAUCAAACAUACAAAGCUGUAUGAGAUAUCAACAAACAAUCGAAAAUUUGAUAGGUUUACCCCUCCUGACACAGUAUCAAAACUUAAUACUUCAGAGUCUUACAACUUCUGUCCUUCAGUACACUGCUUUUAUAUUACAACUUAACACGCAUAAAAACAAACCAAGGUAUACAGCUGACAAAAUCUCCUGUCACAUGCUAAAAUUAGCUGCCAAGUUUGGUUGUAUUACUGACAUGAUGUACACAGCCAUGUAUUAUUACAAAACACUUAGAUACAUGAAAGCUUUAUCUAUUAUAGAGAUGAUCAAGGUCAAGUUAGCACAGCCAUGUGUGAUGUAUAACAAUUAUGUAGAAACAGAGAGGUAUACUGACAUUGUAGAGAGACUGUCCUGGUCUACAAGGAUGAGAGAGUCUGUAGCACGGAAUAUCAGACUUAACAAUACAAUUCAUUACAUCAAUGAAUUGAUACCAGAACAACAGUCUGCUCUACAGAAUAAAUGCCGUAUAGCAUAUGUCCCACCCCUGGUAUUGUUAUACAUGCUAGAAAUCUUGUGUUACAGACAUGUAGACACAAGAAGAGUACAAACAGUUCUUGAUGAUCUACAGACCUUAGUUCACUAUGAUCAGGGACAGCUUAUAUGUUUACACUGCAGAGACAUAUCAUGGCAGAUUCUGGGGAUCUGUCAACAGGUAACAGGAAACCUCCAGGCUGCUCUAUACUCAUACCAACAAUCCCUUAGUCAAGAGCCAUACCACAAAAUACACACAGCCACAGAAAUAAGAAUGGCGCAGGGAGAGUAUCUUCAAUAA